GAAAUGGAUUUGAGACUGCUGCUUAUUUAUUUUAUAGUUACCUCAAUUCAAUAAAAUUUUUAAAAAAUAAUUUAAAAUUCGACUUUUGAAUCCGAAAGAUCCUACCGGUAAGGAUUCGGCUCCUCUGAUUUUCCAGACCUUUUUCGUUUUCAUCCUCUUUAGAUCCCUUCACUUCUUUCACAAUUUCACCUUAUCUUUCAACUUCAGUUGCUGCAGACUUAAUGGAGUUUUGAUUGUUGCGCGGUUUUUCCAGUAUGGAUUUUGAUAAACUUAAAGUGACUGAUGGGCUUGAGGUGGCCCAGCAAAAUGGUGAUCAUAUGCAACCUAUUGUACCUGGAGAACAUAGGGAUGUUUCAGAUGAUGCUUAUGGGACAGCUGAAGAGGUUACAGAGGCUGUUAGGUCAAAUGGAGACUCAGGAGGUGUUCCUGAGUUGGUUAAAAGGAGAACUAGUGGGGAGGUUAGAGAUGGAUCAAAUGAUAAUGUGGAAAGCAAUGUCUCCAAUAUUUCUGAGGUUGGGAAAGUGAAAGUUGCUGAUACCUCACGGGAGUCCAAACCACCAAGUGGUAAUGGCACAAGCAAGAAUGAGAAGCUCUCAAAGUCAAAAAGCUUUUCAUCAGCCUUGCUGAAGAAAAGCAAUGAUGGGAAAAAUACUGAGGCAGCUGCUUCAAAUGGUUCUGUUGGCAUGAAUCCACAAUCCAAACAAUCUUUUACAAGCAGGUCUUUCAGUGACAAACAGCCCCAUUUAUCUAAGUUGAAGCAAUCUGGAAAUUCUGAUGCAGUGUCAUCUGAAGGCCUUGUGGAGAAGACAAAACGGAAGCCUGUGAAGAACGAACCUGUUGACAAAGCUGAAGAUGUAGAAUCUUCUCUUUCUACAGCAGGAGAUUCCAAGCCUCGGAAAGUGGGUGCACUUCCAAAUUAUGGUUUCAGUUUUAAGUGCGAUGAGCGAGCUGAGAAAAGGAGAGAGUUCUACUCUAAACUUGAGGAAAAGAUUCAUGCCAAGGAAUUAGAAAGAAGUAACUUGCAAGCCAAAUCUAAGGAAACUCAAGAUGCAGAGAUUAAGAAGCUCAGGAAGAGUUUGAAUUUUAAAGCAACCCCCAUGCCAAGCUUCUACCAAGAGCCUCUUCCUCCUAAGGUGGAGUUAAAGAAGAUACCCACAACAAGAGCCAAAUCUCCCAAACUUGGUAGAAAGAAGACCUUGACUUCUGCAGAAACCGAUGGAAAUGGCACCCCUAGUACUCAACCAGGCCGACUAAGUCUGGAUGAGAAAGUAUCUCAGAGAAACUCUACCAAAGGAAAUUCUGCUGUACAAUUGAAAAGGCUGCAGCGGAAGUCCCUUCCCAAUCUGCCUUCUGAAAGGAGCAUUUUAUCCAAUUCCAGCAAGGAAGAAAAGAUGACCUCAUCAAAAGCAGCAAAUGAGGAAAAUACCAUUUCACCGAAAGCAACAAAGGAAGCUGAUUCUCUCAUUCGGGAGUCAGUUCCUGGAACAGAUUCAAAAGAAACUCUGCUCGGUACAGACGAGGAACCAGCAGUUGGGGAGAGAGAUCAACCCAUCUUUGUACAGGAACCCGUAGCAUUGGAGGAUCAAGUUCAUUAGCAGUUGGAAAUGGAUGCUUAUACAAAGUCGUUGACUUGAUAUUGCGUAAAUAAGUAAGGUUUUAGACUCCCACAUAUUUGGUGAUGAAAGUGAAGGAUUCUGCAUUUGGGUUGUGAUGACAUAUUGUCCAUUGUGACUGUGUGCUUGCUGGUCUUGCCACUAGGAUUCUGCAUUCCCAAUUGGAGCAGUGUAUGUUAUAAUGUCUCAAGUUUCUAUCUUAAUUUUUGUUGUUGUUUAGUUGCCGGCUUUGAUAGGUUAUUUUUGAAAAUUUUGGGUAAUUCUGUCAUCAUCGGAACUGCCUGUAUGGCACCCCGAUUGUCACGGCUCAAUGCGAAAUCAACGGGACAAUUAUCACAGGUGGUGUUUGUUUAAAGGGGGUUGCUCUUGAACAAUUGGAAAUUGGAAUUGUCAGUUACGGCUUUUGUUUUGUGUGUUGUGGACAAUUCAUUUUUUAUGGCCUUUUUUGGUGUUAUAAUGAGGUGUGUUUUCAAGGAUUCCA